CCUUUCCUGGUGAUGCCUUUGAUCCCCUGGGCAGAAUCUUGCCCAAGUGGGGCUGAUGGGAGAAAAUGGAGUUUCUUGGGGCCACUCAGACUGCCGGUUACUGUGGUUCCAAGAAAGCCUGUGGCGUGACCGCGCUGCCUCCUGCUGUGCAGACCCCUGUGAUCCAGGAAUGCUACCAGCCCUAUUACCUGCCCGGGUACCGCUAUCUCAACUCAUGGAGACCCAGCCUCUUCUACAAGAUCUCCAGUGCCCAGACCUGCUCUGAUGAGUGCCCCAGUGCCCUGAGGCCACCCACCAUCCUGCCCGCGCUCCGCUCAGCGCUCUUCUGUCGCUACAGCCCCCGUGACUGGGACAAGUCCAACCAGCUGCAGAUGCGUGGGGCUGAGGCAUCGCGGCUGUGGGCUGGCAGGCUGACGGGCGAUUCCAUGCGGCUCAUGCAGGACAAGGACCAGCUGACGCGCCAGAUGCAGGAGGGGACCUCCCGGAACCUGGGCCAGAGGCUGUCGGACAUCGGCUUCUGGAAGUCGGAGCUGAGCUACGAGCUGGAGAGGCUUCUGACCGAGAACCGUAGCAUGGAGAUGGUCAAGAGGAGGCUGGAGUGUGCGGCCGAGGAGGUCAACUGCCCACUGAAGGUGGCCCUGGAGUGUCUAUACCAUCGCGAGAAGAGGAUCGGGAUUGAUUUGGUGCAUGACAAUGUGGAGAAAAAUCUUAUUCAGGAAGUAGAUUUGCUAAAAUGUUGCCAAGAACGGAUGAGAAAAUUAGCUCAAAGAAUUGAUAUUCAGAUGCGGGAUAACCGAGAUGCUCAGCAUGCUCUGGAGAGGGACCUCGAGGACAAGAACUCAGCCCAGUUUAUCGAUGAGAAGUGCUUUAACCUAAGAAACACAUCAGACUGCAUCAGCUUCUUCCAUGGUGUGGAAAAAGUCGAUGGCACGAUCUCUGUACCUGAGACCUGGGCCAAAUUCAGCAAUGACAAUAUCAGGCACUCUCAGAACAUGCGGGCCAACUCCAUCCGGCUGCGGGAGGAGGCAGAACACCUCUUUGAGACCUUGUCGGAUCAGAUGUGGAAGCAGUUCACGGACACCAAUCUGGCCUUCAAUGCCCGCAUCUCCGAGGUGACGGACGUGAAGAAUAAGCUGCAGACUCAGUUGGCCAAGGUGAGCAGAUGCGUCUGGGGACCUUUGUCCCCUCUGCUAAACCCUCACCUUCCUCGAGGGGGCCUUCACAGCAUCCGGGCCAAGCUGCCCCCUACCCUGGUGCUGAAAUGGUCCCAUUCAUCCCUGUCUGCGAUCUUGUCCACCCCCAAAGGGGGCAGGCGCUGUGAGUGUCCUGGUGGGAUUUGA